AUGGACAAAUCGAAGCUAGCUCUCUUCGGCGAGAGGCUGAAAACCAACAGCGCUAAUCUGAGUCGAAUCGUAAGCGGCAAAAUGAAGGAAAUACUCCAAACUCCGACGCCGGAAUCGAAGAUGGUCGACGAAGCGACAUCGGAGACGUUGGAGGAACCGAAUUGGGGAAUGAAUCUGAGGAUAUGCGGUCUUAUCAACUCCGACGAGUUUAACGGUUCGGAAGUGGUGAAAGCGAUCAAGAGGAGGAUCAAUCAGAAGAGUCCGGUUGUUCAGAAACAUAGCCUUGAUUUGUUGGAAACUUGUGCUAUGAAUUGUGAAAAGGUCUUUUCUGUAAUUGCGUCUGAGAAGGUUCUGGAGGAUAUGGUUAGGUUGAUUGAUAAUCCUCAGGCGGAUCAGAAUAAUAGAACGAGGGCUUUACAGUUGAUUAGGGCUUGGGGUGAAUCGGAGGAUAUUGCUUAUCUUCCUGUUUUCAGUCAAACUUAUUUGAGUUUGAAAGGAAGGGGUGAAUCACUUGACGCGGCAGGAGGAAAUUCACCACCAAUUCCGUAUGCCUCAGAGUCACAUACUUAUCAACAAUCUUUAAACCCCCCUGAAAGAUACCCAAUUCCAGAAGCAGGAUUACAUGCUCUUGCUCUAGAUGACUCAGAAGCUUUCUUUGCUGACCACCAACCCGUUUCUGUUGAAGAAAAGAAAGAGCAUCUUGUGGUAGCUCGAAACAGUCUUGAAGUUCUGUCUAGCAUAUUAAAUUCUGAGGCAGAGCCAAAACCUUUAAAGGAAGAAUUAACUUUGAGUCUGCUGGAUAAGUGCAAGCAAUCACUCUAUGUUAUCAAGGAGAUUGUGCAAAGCACAACAAAUGAUGAAGAAACACUUUUUGAGGCUUUAUAUCUCAAUGAUGAGCUGCAGCAGUUGGUUUCUAAGUAUGAGGAGUUGGAAGCUUCUCAAAGUUUAGGGGAACAACAAACACAAAAUGCUGACACUGUCAAGCAUGAUGCGGAAACUGUUCAAAACCUUGAUGAAAGACGUGAAGGUGACAAAUCUGAAGAGUCAGAAGCUGCUCAGAAUUUUGAUCGAAAACUGCCCCAAAAGUCAAACCCUAUUGAAGCCGAUGUCAAUGCAACCGAGGGGCAUGGUCACGUUGAAACCAAAAUUGUGGAUAGCACAAAAGAGAAGAAUGAUGAACCUAUCCUCAAGAGUAAUACCGAAUGA